AUGGAGAGACAACAGGAGACUGACGAUCACGGCCAAACUCUGAGCGGUGUCCGGAACGCCGCGGUUCAGUCCGACCAGAGAGAAAAUCCACACAUCAAGGAGGAAGCGGAAGAAAAGGAUGUGACCAGCCUUCCCUUCCCUCGCAUCCUUGUGAAGAGUGAAGAUGUGGAAGAUGAAGCUCAAGUCCUGCUGCUCCACCAGAGACAGCAGGAGCCUCCACCCAGUUUGACUCAAAACGUGAAAGUAGAAGCAGAUGGUGACAACUGUGGAGGACUAGAACCAGCCAGCUACUCCGAUCCAGAGCUACAGUUCGACCACCAGAGGUCGCACUCGUCCGAUUCUGACACUGAGGACAGUGAAGACUGGAGGGAAAACAGCAACAGUCAGUCAAGUUCAAAUUCUGGAAGGGAGAAGAGGGAUCAUCAGAAACUCCUGACCUGCCGUGGAUGUGGAAAGAGAUGUUCCUCCAAGGCUGGGCUGACUCAGCACAGGAAAGUAUGCACUGGGGAUGAUUUUACCUGCUCAGCGUGUGGAAAGUGUUUCGCCAGCAGAGUGCAAUUCAAGUUUCACCUCAGAGUUCACACUGGAGGGAAACCCUUCAGCUGCUCGGAAUGUGGAAAGUCUUACGGUCAGCAAAAGCAUCUCAAGGAGCACAUGCGAAUACACACAGGAGAAAAACCCUACAGCUGCUCGGAGUGUGGCCAAAGUUUUAGGUGUGGCAACCAGAUGAAGUAUCACAUGAGCAUUCACACUGGAGAAAAACUAUCCUGCUCACACUGUGGAAAAUGUUUCACUUUAACAAGUAAUUUGAAGAAACACAUGAGAAUACACACAGGAGAAAAACCCUUUGCCUGCUCAGUUUGUGGAAAAUGCUUCAGAGAAAGCGGUCAUCUCAAGUAUCACGUGAGAAUUCAUGCCAAAGAAAAACAACUGACAUGCUCAGAGUGUGGAAAAGGUUUCACGUUCAAAAACAGACUGAAGAAACACUUGCAAACACAUACAGGACAAAAAACGUUCACCUGUCCAGAAUGUGAGAAAUGCUUCGCUCAGAGAGGACAUCUUGACUUGCACAUGAGGAUACACUCGAGGGAGAUGCGACUCGCCUGCUCUGAAUGUGGGAAAUGUUUCACCAAGAAAGCUAAUCUGGGGAGACACGAGAGAAGCCACUCGCAGGACAGUGUGUCGUCCACCCACUAGGCUGUGAGUCCACAGACAAAAAUAAACUUCACUUAUGCUAAUACGGACCCGGAGACUCAAGAAUCUGUAUAUGUUUGAACUGGUUUCUUAAGUCUGUUUGU